GGAGGGGUCCCCGCGGCUUUAUCUCCCCCCCGGCUCCGCCCGCUGCCGGCUGCCUCCCGUCGCCGCUCAGCUCCGCACCGCUUCGCUCCGCACCGCUCCGGGCGGCGCCCAUGGGCUGCGGCAACUCCACGGCCGGCGGCGCGGGCGGGCGAGGUGCCACAGGGACUACUAAAGAUGUAGCAGAAGAAUCUGUAUCAGACGAUGACAAAAGGAGGAACUACGGUGGUGUGUAUGUGGGUCUGCCAUCAGAUGCAGCUGCCAUGGUUUCCAGUCAGACGAAAGCUGCACCGAAAGAUUAGAAGGAAAUAAACACAGCAAGAUCCAAACAGCUGGAGCAGUCUUCUGCAAAGACCAUUUGCCAGUGCUUUAGCGAGAGUUGUCUUUCUGCUGAAGAUUUUUAUAUUUACAUAGCCUUCCAGAGAGCAAAACAGAUCAGAGCACCAAAAAAUCAAAACUGUUGCAAGUUCCAACUACGGGUAAAGCUCAAAGUACAACAUUGGAUCAGUUUGCUAUGAUGGUUGCAUUAUGGAAACCUCCUGCUGUUCUCCAGUGAAAACAAAAUUAAGGAACUCAUGGUGGAUGUUUCUGCACAAGAGCUAACUUUGAUGAUCUGCAACUUAUUUCUCAGUGGCCAUAUUGCAGAUUUCAUCAGCUAUCAGCUACGCUUCGUAUAUUUUCUCCAACAAUUUUUGAUAGAUUUUAUAUAGAAAAUCAUUACUACUGUCCACUUAAUAGUUCCUAUGGUAGGUUCCUAUAAAUUUAUUGUUAAUUUACUUCAGAGUAAUAUAUUUGACAGGUUUGCAUCUUUUUGGUAAUAUUGCAAAUUUUACUAUUUUUGCUGUGAAAACUUUAAAGUGAAAUAGGCAUAAGACCAUUGGGCUCUUUAUAAUUGCUACCAUCACUUUUAUACAGUGAAAUUAAUAUUAGUGUUUAAUUUUCACCUUUUAAAAAGAUACAGCUCAAGGAAAUUUAUUUAAAUAAGGACAGUGUAUUCCAUCAUAAUAUGUACAUCUGUUUUUAUUUUCUUCAGCUUUAUCUCUUUUAUAAAGCAUUACAUGGAAAAAAAUACUAAUCAAACAAACUAUUAUGUUGUCUUCCCUUCUAUGUGAUAUUACAAUAACAUUUCCUUGCAUAAGGAUGAAGUGUUGGUAUUGUCAGAGAUAACUGAACUAAACUCCAGUGUUGUGUCUUUUGAAAUGUAGAAGAGUUUUGAUCCCUAUUUGAGUUUUGCGUCCCUGACUUAUCUCCUAGCAUCUCAAAUAUGGAAAACUGUAACAGAAUGAGUGUGGUUAUUACUACAGCAAAUUGUUGUAUUAAGUAAUGGAUGGGACACUUUAAAAUUCAUUACAUUUAUAACAACUGCAGGUUCCUCACUAAACGUAAAACAGAUUGUACGUUUCCAUAGCUGAACAAGUAUUUAAAUUAUUAAAGCCUUUUACAUCAUUCUUUAGUCAAACUCUUUAAUAGGCCAUGAUGUUAUACAUUAAAAAAAAAAAAAAGUCCAUAUGGCAUUCAUGUUUUACAG